UAAAGAUAAAAAUUUAAAUUUAAAAAAAUAUAAUUCAAUCAAACAAUAGCAGAAAUCAUUGAUUAAAUAAAUAAAUUAUAAUUUUUGAAAGAACAAUUUUUUAACAAUUCUUACUUCAUAUACUGUUGCGAAUAAUUCCAUAUAAGUUCCUCAAUUGGUAUUAAAAAAUGAUGAACUAAAUCAGGUUCAUUAACGCUCAUUAAACCUCGUCUGACCAAGUAAGAUAUUGCUCAACCUUGAGUGGGGCGGAUCCAAGUUAUCGAACUCAGAGUAACACUACCUUUUGUAACAUUGCAAGGUAGCAAAUUCAGUUUAGUAACAAAGUUCACAGAAAAUAUAACAUUGAUUAUUCUAACUAAAUUGUUGUUUAAUAAAACUCAUCGACAAUGGAAGAACGAGAUCUUCUAUGUCGUGACUCUAUAGUGUUUGAGUAGAUUGUUAAUAUGUAAAUGGAUAUAAAGAACUACAAGAGGAAUUCAGAAAUAUAUAAUAAUUAAACAAAAAAAUAAAAAGAGAAUUCUGGAACCAUUAUAUAACAAAAUAUUUUUAAAAAAGGAUACAAAAGAUUUAAUAUUUCAUUGAUAAAAAAGAUAAAUUGCUUGCACGCUGAUUUGCAAAAUUCAAUAGAUUAUAUUUGUCAUCAACAUCAAAAUGAAUAACACUAAUAUUUUUAGUAGCCCAUGGGAAAAUACACAAUUUUUUUCCGUUAUGAAAACAAUAAUUAUACUCGGUAAAAUAUUGUACAACGAUACAGAAUUACAUACAAUAGAAAUUGAACCUAUCCCCAUUAUCAAUGCUCUCUGUACAUUUCUGGACAAAAAUCGUUAUAACGAAAUUAAAAUUUUAGAUCUAGGACAUAAAUUGCUACAAGACACGGAAUUCUAUGGAUCAAAACCAAACGAAAGUCUUCAUAUAAGAUACGUAAAUGCCAUGCUGAACAAUAUCAUUGCGAACACUGUAUUUUCAAAAUUUGGCAAUACAUUUGGAUAUUUGUCAGCAGUAGUAAAUUCAACACGCGAUUUAAAAUUGCCAACUGUAAAAGAGAAAAUAAUAAAAAAUCUGCACAGGCAAACAUUUCUGAAUGACAAUGGCACGUUUAGCUUGCUCACUAAUACAACAAUUGAAAGAAUAACAGAAAACAUAAUUUUUCCACUUUUUCCACAACCCGAAAGGAACAUGAGUAUAAUUAAUUUAAAAUACAUAUACGCUCAAGCAGGAUGGAUAUUUUUACGCACUGCACAAGAAAAUUAUCAAAAUACAAGUUUUUCCGAAUUAAUUUCUUUGGCAAAACAUGUAGAACAAGGAGUAAUUCAAGGUAACAUAGACCCAAGUGCUUUGCAAAUUUUCCAACUACCAGCACUACUGUAUUACACUUAUCAAAAAGACAAUGGUAUCAAAAGAAAAAAUCUAAAGUUCAUUAUGGUUAGCACAUCAUUUUGGCAUCGCGUAUACAGUAAACUAUUUACAGAUUUGAAUGUUACUUCCCAAAAAAUGAUUGCAUUACUCAAAAAAAGUUCAGCCUAUCGUUUCCAUAUGGCAUUUUCAAAAUUUAAGAAUCGAACAGCAAUAGCAGAAGAAGUACUCCAAAAUUACUGUCCAAAUAUAACUGACUAUACAUCGAAUGUCAUUGACUACAAAAAUAAUCCAGAGGAAUAUUAUUGUAACAAGCAAUUACUACCGGACAUUAAUCAAAUGUUCUCGAAACAAAUUGAAAGCAUUGCCGAAAAGUAUUACUACUAUGAAAAGGAUUUAAUUAACCAUGUAUUUGAUGAGGAUUUAAAAAAAUUUAUCGAUCAAACAAAUGUGACAAUCAAACCGAUUAAAGAUUUUUGGAAGUAUCAAUGUUUUAGAUGUGCUAUCCUCUCGGGUAGACCGAUACUAAGUGAUGGAAUAGAUUUAUUUCAAAUUAGCGAUGGAGGUGAGAAAAAAAUGAUAUAUGCUCUAAUUCGCAGUACGAAUGGUAUGAAAUUGGUUCUUGCUACAGAUAUUAAUUCCUUUCUUAUUAAUGAAAUUGGACUAAAUGAACGAGCACAACUUGACAUUCCGUUCAUGGCCGAAGAUAUGAAAUCCGCAUCGGAUGAUAGUGAUUUUAAUACAUUUGUAACAUACAUUGCUAAAUAUAGAGAAAAGAAAGUUUUGGCUAAUCUAAAAAAUAUUGGUUAUGAAGCUACAACGACAGAAAAGGUGUUAAAUUUUUUUAAACAUCUGAUUCCGUUUUACUCAUGUGCUGAAUCAAUUAAUGGAGAUUUUAGUACAACGGAAAAAGUCAUGAAUUGUAUAUUCGAUUCUUUAGUAAUGCUUCCAGUUGUUGGAGUACUGACAUCAGUAGGUAUGAAAGUUACCACAACUGCGAUGAAAUCAGCAUUACUUAAUUUGGGUGUAGAGAUACAGAAUUUAAGUUUAAGAGAGGCCUUUAGAACUGUUUUAAAAACUGGAUUCCGUUUAUUAGCUGUAAAUAUCAUUGACACCUUUUCACAAAUAAUAACAAAGCAAUUUUUUAAGGAUUUUGGUAUUGCAAUUCUUCGAGCAUUAGAUCCAGGAGUAGAAUUUGCGUACAUAUUAACCAAAGCAGGCUCUACGGCACUGAUGAAGAGCUUAAAAUUUAUCAGAAAUAAGUUUUCCGCUAAAGGUCUAAGAAAUCCAUCAACUGUUAGUGAUGUUAAGAUAGGUGACUACAAGGGCCAUACAGUUCAAGUGCAAAGCAUAUCAGGACAGGAUGGAUUUGGAUUUAAAAGAAUCGAUUUUCAAGAUAAAAUUGUAGAGUUAAGGAGAAUUCGAGGUUACUCAUAUGAGAUGCCCGUUGUAGUUGUAAACGAAGGGAGAGUGCGAAAGAAAUUUAAAAUACUAGAUCUAGGGACUGGGAAGCUUGGUCCUACGGAUUGGGAAGAAGAAGGUGGUGUUUUGGUGGUAGCAAAUAAACCUUUAACUGUUCGUUUAAGAACUAUCAUUACAGAAGGACUUAGUGGUAGGCCAAUUGCUAACAUAGCCCAUUACAGAGCAAAAGUUAUGGAUUUUUCCAAAAUGUUACAAAUCUCGGCUCUAUUAUUAGUCAGUGACCCCUUAAAAAAACAAUUUUUGGUAGAAACUUUAAAGUAUUAUGUUUUGGAAAAUCCAAAUAAGCUUCCUAGGCAUUUGGUUGAACAUUGGUUGGAGCAUGGUACGAUGCCAAUUUGGUGUGAAGAUUAUAAAAUAACAGAUGUGGAACUUUUUGAGUCAUUAAGAUUUAAAUCAUUCGUUGAAGAUUUGAAACUUGAUCAGGAAAAGGCUGUAAAUCAUAUAUUAGAUUUAUAUGGACAGCAGUAUACAAGAGAUGUCAUCAAUGUUGACCUGGAUGCGUUAUCUAAUUUUUAUUUUGAUAAACAGCUUCACAAUAUCAUAGCAUUUAAUGACCAAUUUGCAUUAGCUAAUUUUAUAACUUCUGGAUAUAGUAGAAUACAUUUAGAUGAUUUAGAAGCUUGGAGUAUGAAACGUGCAUUGUAUAAAACAGCAUUAAGGCAAUAUGAUGAUGCUUCCUGUCUUGGGUUGAUUAAGUCGAGUUUCAUUUCAACUGAUAUUACACUUUCAGCUGAUUUUUUUCCACUAAGUAAAGGUCAAAUUCUUCAAGUGAACCAGUUUACCAUUCUGAAACAACAUGAGAGUGUUUUGUUCCCUUAUUCGGAAGUAAUGAAGGAUUCUUCUGAUAAUCAGAUUUUGCAUUAUAUUAAACUUGAUCAUCAUUGUUUGGCAGUGUAUUUACAGAAAUAUUUGCCUUUUAAAAAUGAUGAAGCUGUUCUACUUCCUGGAGUGAAAUUAAGCUUAGAAACCUGGGACUUAAGAAUAAUUGAAGGAAAGAGUGUUCUUGUGAUGAAAUGGAGAAGUAUUUAUUUUGAUUCUUCUAAAUGGCUAGCAGAUACCUUUAACAAAAUGGUACUUGCAAUGGGUGAGGGCAAUCUUGUAAAUAAUGUUCUUAUGGAUUUCGAUACAAGCUUGUUAUAAGGAUUUGAAUUUCGUUCUGAAUAUUUCACUUUAUUUUCAUUUAUAAAUUUUGUACUUUAAUAGGAUCGGCAGAAUUUCAGAAAUAGUGUUUAGCGUAACUCAAAUUGUUAAAUUUUUAUGUAACUUUGUAUGUAUUCUGAAGAUAAUAAUGUCUUUGAUUAAAAACCUAAAUACCAUUUUUAAACAAUUAAAAAUAGGGAACCAAUGGGAAUGACUAUUUUUAAAAAUUGAUUUUAUAUCCUUGAAAUUUAUUAGUUGGAGAAUUUUCAGCUUGUUGAUUAAAAAUUAAAAAAUUAUUUUGUACGUUUUUAAAAUAUUUACUGUGUUUGACUGUAUGUAGAAUAAGAAAUAAAUGUAAAUAUUA